AUGUUAAAUAAAACCAAACUUGCUGCUGCUCUCUCACCUCCAAAUUCACCUCUUUCCAUCACCCACAGCACAACAAAUCCUACAACAUUCUCAACUUUUCCCUUUAAAAACAGUCAUAAUUUUGUCUUUAAUUUACCACCAAUCAAUCCACAACAAAAUACGGAAUCAUCAACAAGUCCAUCAUUAGCCACAUCCAAUAUUUCUAAUACACGAUUUAUAGCAACUUUACAAUGGAAAUCAAAAUCUACACUAACACACGAUGUUGAUUUAGUUGCCAUUCUUUUAAACAAAUAUGGUGGUAUUCAUGAUGUUUGUUUUUUCAAUAACUUGGAUCAAGUGAAGGGAUUAAAACAUAGUGGUGAUGAUAGAAAUGGAUUUAAAAAUCUAGAUUCUAAUAGAAUGAAGGAACAAUUGAAAGAUGACACAAUUCCUCUUGAAAAAGCUAUUUCUGAUAGCAAUGAAUAUAUUGAAUUGGAUCUUUCACAAGUUGAUCAAGAAGUUCGUUGUAUUGUUUUCCUUGCUUCUUGUUAUGCUGGAACAGUUUUAUCGGAACUGUCAUUUGCUAGUUGUAAUUUGUAUCAAUAUGUUAAUGAUCAAGAAUUGAAACUUGCCAUUUCUUCAAAACUUGAUAAUCAAAGAGAUGUCAGUGGUCAAGUUUUUGCAAUUAUUCAAUUGAGAGGAGGAGAUGCUGAAGUUAUUUCAACAUCUGUGGUACCUGGAAAGGAAAAAGAGAAUACCAAUAAGGAUGAUGACGAUGAUGAAGGAUCAGCUAUGGAUAAUUCAUCAAUUUCACAAAGUCCUGGAAAUUCCAGUCACUUGAAACCAGCAGAACAAGAAAAUGAUGAAACUACCCAAGAAGAUGAAACAUCUGCAAGUGUAAAUUCAAGUUAUUAUUGGCAAAUUGUCUCAAAACAAGUAGAUAUUGGACACAAUGAGAGAUUUAUUGAUGCUUUCAUGUAUGCCAUGUGUAAGGAUGUAUUGCCAGAGAAUAUUUUCAUUUCCAUGAAGAAUCGUUUAACUUAUAUUAUUCACCUUCGUCAGGAGGAAAAGAAGAAUUUGAAUAAGGAAAAUAUGGCCAUUGCUAAUUUACUCAAAGAUGAUGAUCAUGAUGAUGAUGAAGAAUAUAUUGUUCGUGUCUAUUCUGAAUUGACUGGAUCGAUUUUGAUCGAUCAAUUGAUUGUUGAAGAGGUUCACAAAUAUUUGUCAUCUGUUCAAGUGAGUGCUGAAAAACCACCAUUCAUUCCAACCUUGAAAGAUGAAGCUCUCCUUCAAGAAAUCAAUGCCAAGAAGGAUGUAAAUCCUUACGAUGAAAAUGAAAAGAAGGAAAGUGAAAAGCCAUCCAUUGCAUCACAAAUUUCCAUGCAAAAGAGCUACACUUUCAAUGAGGAUCGUGUCAAGAUUUUCAUUGGAUGGCAAGCCCUUUCAGGAAGAUCAUACUCUAGAUAUUAUUUAACAACUACAGUACUAUUCUUUGGUAAAUAUGGAACUCGUCUUGGUCACAUUGAUCAAUACACACCAAAGCUCUCACUUGCUAGAAUUGAAAAUCAUACCAAUACAGCUUCUACUGCUGGAAAUUCAAGCUCAUCAAUUGCUAACGAUAAGCCAAGUGUUGGAAACAAUUCUCCUAGAAAUGCCACAUCUAACACAGCUUCAAGUAAUAACUUGUCAACCUCUUCACAUGCCAUCAAACCAACUCCUGCAGCUGUAUUCUACAAGGACAAUCUCUUCGAGUCUGGAAAGGAAAAUGAUUUGUGUGCAGAAAUUGAUUUGAGUCGUCUUCCAAAAUCUGUCCACUCCAUCAUGGUUGUUGUGACUGCUUCUUCCAAUGCUCAAGAUUCUGGCUUCCAAGAACUCAAAGAUCCAUUUGUUAAGAUUUCCACUCCAUCAGUUGGUGACUUGUACAGAUAUCAAUUGAACACUGCUGAUAAGGCUCACCAAAGUUUCAUUGCUUGCAAGUUGACUUGUUUGAGAAAUCCAAAUGAAUCUUCAGGAAUUAACUUUACCUCAAAGAAGAAUCAAAUCAACUCGAUGGUAUCUUCUGGAUCAUUUAUUGGACUUACCAAAUGGAAGAUUAGCAAUAUUGGCGAAUAUUCAUAUGGUGUCCAUCCACUUAUCGAUCCAAAGUUGAAAGCUCAAAUUCAAUCCUAUGUUACCACAAUUGAUUUACCUCCUUGUAUUGAAUUGACAACACAGGCAGAAAUUGAGGAAGAAGAACGUGAAAGAGAGGCAGAAAAGUUGUUAGCAGAACAAGACAAGGCCAGUGAUGCUGAAAAGCCUCAAGAAAAGAAGGAAAAUGUUGAAGAAGUUGUUUCUGUUGGUGAUGACUUGGAUUUGAUUGUUGUGGAAGAAAAGUCAGAAGAAAAGAAAGAAAAACCACGUUGUUUCCGUAUCUCAAAGCAAGAAGUCAGAACUGUUGGAUUCGAUUUUUCAACUGUAAAGAACUUAGAUGCUCUCCAAGUGUUAGAAUUCUCACAAUAUGGUAAACUCUUAACAGGAGCUAAGCCAAUCAUGGUCAAUGAAGAAAAUGAUUUGAGAAAGAGAAAACUUGCCCUUUCAAAAAAGAAUGACUCUAACAGUGAUAUUCAAAUGACUGGUUCAUUUGUUCUCAAAGAAGAAGAUGAGGAUGAAGAACAUGAACUUCCAAGACAAGAUCAAAUGUUGCAAAGUUUGUCCUCAUUCCACCGUGUUGAUUUGAACUAUAGCAAGGAACCUCAUGCUCCAUACUUUAUGUGCUUCUUGUUGAAAUUCAAGGAUAUUUCUGGAAAUGAAGAAGAGGAAGGUUUGGAUUAUUCACUCAUUCCUGAAAAGCAAAUCAAUGCAUUCAGAUUGUGGAAUGUUGACGAAAAGGUUGACAUGUGUAUUGCCAAAAUGAGAAAUGUUUACAAUGUUGAUGGUUCAACAGAUGCUUUGGAAGUAUUCAAUUGUCAUCAACAUGCCAAUUUGGCUGUCAUUGCUUAUCGUGGAGGUCAAAGAGACGAAUGGUUCAUUGAAGUUUUGGAUGAAAUCAUAGAAUUCCAAUCACCAGCUCGUAAAUAUUUGAGAUCCAUCUUGCAAAAGUGCCAAUUUGAUAUCAGUGAACCAUCUAAUGAUAUUUUCAGAGUUCCAGCAAAGGAAACAACUUCAGUUUCAAAGGACUUUGUCAAGGAUAAGAGAGAUUUGGUUCUUGGUUUCGGUGUAGUUGGUAAUGGUGGUCAGAAGCAUAUUCUCAAUGCAGAAGUUGAACUCUAUGAUCACUUUGGAAGAUAUAUUGGUAAAGUCUUUGAUGGAUAUAGUGAUAUGGAUGCCAAACUCAAGCAUCGUCCAAUUAACUUUUUAACCAUCUAUACUCAAGAUGAUGAAGAACAAUUCGACGUUCGUGUUCGUGAUCUUGUUGAAAGCUCCAAUGUCAAAUACAUUGUUGCAAAUAUUGAAGUCAAAUCAAGAAGUGUCCUCAAUGAAAAUUCACAAGUUUACUGCCGUGUUGUUGGCAUGAGAACAGGUCAAGAAAUUAUUCGUGUUCAAACUGCAGGAAGUGUUUUCCUUGACAAGUAUACUAAGAAGGAAGAAAAGUAUGAAGUCAAUGAGGAUGGUUACGAUAGUGCUGAUGAAAGUGAUAAUGACAUUAUUGUAACAAUGUGUGUCAUUGAAUUAUACAAGGGUGGAUGGAAGAUUGUUGGAUGUGGUGAAAAGAAUAUUGUAAAUCUCAUUCCAAAAUAUAUUGCACCAAAACCUGAAGGUCUCAAAAUGGAAGUUUCCAGAGGUAGAAAUUUAUUACCGGUUGACCAUGGCUCAGCAGAUCCUUACCUCAGAGUUAAAUUGAAUGAAAAGAAUACCAGAAAGGGUUCUAAGAAACAAAAGGUUAGAACCAAGAUUGUCAAUAGAACUGUCAAUCCUGAUUGGCAUGAACCACAUACUAUUCACAUCUUUGAUUAUGAAGAUUAUUUAAUUGUCAAAUGUAUGGACUAUCAAAAGACAAGAGAUCAAUAUAUGGGUGAAUUCAGAGUCAAAGUUGGAGACCUCCUUCGUUUACACAAUAUUGGACGUGAGAGAAGAUUUAUCCUCAGAGAAGCUGAAUAUUGGAAAGCCAAGGAAGGUAAAUUAAUUGGCAGUAAGAAAGAUUCUGCUCUUGCCACUCCAGCCAUGGGUGAAGUUUACAUUAAAUUCUCUCCAUGUGCAGCCAGUGAAGUGACCAUUAAGAAGUAAAUUGAUUCACAUCCUUAGUAGUUUUUAAUAAAAUUUAACUCAUUUGAAAA